GAUGUGAAUCCAGACUGUCUCUCUCUAUGCACAGAGUCCCACUGUCGGAGAGGGAGAGAUGCCAGGGGGCUGGAAUGCCUCCUCUGACAGCCCGGAACUGCCAGCUGCAGGGAUCGUCGUGCCUGUCAUCUUCUCCCUCAUCUUUCUUCUGGGCACUGUGGGGAACGGACUGGUGCUGGCCGUGCUGCUACGGAAUGGCCAAGUGAAGUACAACACCACCAACCUCUUCAUCCUCAACCUGGCCGUGGCUGACCUCUGUUUCAUCAUUUGCUGUGUCCCCUUCCAAGCCACCAUUUACACCCUGGAUGGGUGGCUCUUUGGGGCCUUUGCCUGCAAGGCUGUGCAUUUCCUAAUCUACCUCACCAUGUACGCCAGCAGCUUCACCUUGGCUACAGUCUCCAUUGACAGGUACCUGGCCAUUCGCUAUCCACUGAAGUCCCGGGAUCUCCGCACUACCCAAAAUGCAGGAGUGGCCAUUGUAGUGAUUUGGUUGCUAUCACUACUCUUUGCAGGGCCUUACCUCAGUUACUACCAGAUUGUCCAUUACCAUGGGGUGCCCAUCUGCGUCCCUGUCUGGGAGGACCAACGCCGAAAGAUUCUGGACAUCCUUACAUUUGUAGUUGGAUACCUCUUACCCGUGACUGUAGUGAGUCUGGCAUACGCCAGGACCAUCAAGUUCCUGUGGACUUCAGUAGACCCCAUAGAGAGGAUCUCAGAGUCCCGGAAGGCCAAGCGUAAGGUCACCAAGAUGAUUGUAGCUGUGGCCAUCCUGUUCUGCCUCUGCUGGCUUCCACAUCAUCUGGUUAUUCUAUGCUUCUGGUUUGGCCACUUCCCUUUCAACCGAGUCACUUAUGCCUGCCGCCUGGCUUCCCACUGCCUUUCAUAUGCCAAUUCCUGCCUCAACCCUAUCGUCUACGCGCUCGUCUCCAAGCAUUUCCGAAAGCGUUUCAAGCAGGUCUUCACCUGCCUCUUCUUCCAGAACAAGAACAGGAAGAAGAAAACUGGAAAUAAAGUUCAUAUGGUCACUGUGGGCAAAGGUUUCACUAACAGCACUGGGGGCUUCUAUAGAGGCAACACUGAGCUGACUCAGGUCCCAAAGGAGAAUGGUAGGAAGAGGAACCCUGAAGGCACCAACCAUCCCAGAGCAUGGACUCACCAGCUACAAGAAGUUCAGGAGUUGCUGGAGGAGGAAAGCUUGGUAACAGCUGGUCAUCCCCUAGCCAAGACCCCUCCAAGAAAGCCUCAAGAGUGUCUGGCUGUUGAUUACAAAUGAGUAAAUGCAUCUCAGAAUGGCACAAUCCACCACAUCAAUGCAGAGCAGAGGGACAUGUUAAUGUGAUGACAUUCCUCAUGGUCUGGGGGCAGUCCAAGUCCACCUCCCCUUCUCUGGCUCCUGCAUCCAGAUCAAAGAGGGCCAUUGCACUUUACCACGCUGAGUCUGUGCCAACAGCUUGGUUAUACAACCUCUGCAGAACUCACUGAUCAUACUUCAAUGAUACCACCAUGCCACAGCAGGUGAAGAACUGAAGGGUUGUUGUGCCCUCCCUGUGUACCCAUGGCUUCUCUGCAUCUCAAAAGGGAAAGAACCAUCAGUCCACUAUCUUCCCCUGGCCCUGCCCUUCCAGAAAGUACUCAGUGGAGGAGGUUUCCUAGAGCUCUGCCUCGCUUAGCCUUUGAUCUUGCAAGUAGAUACUGCAGGACACUGUCCACUUCCUUGUGCUGCGUGCAGUUCUGAAAUAUUUCUUGGCGGUUAUCCUCAGUUCUUCCUAAGCAACCCUCACAAAUCCUCCUCCCACCAUGUUGUUCCAUCUGAUUAAUCUCUGUUUUAUUUCUGUUCACCUUUUGCAAAUUCCUGAAGGACCACUGCCUCCUCUUUGUUCUUUUGUAGAGUUUCAUCCCUUCCUUCAGGGGCCGUUGCUCUCUGAGCAGUGAUGUAAUUCGGCAGUAUUAGCCCUGUUUGUGUGCUUUACUGACUUGGCAAGAUAUUCUUUUCCAUGAAAUGAAAAUCAUGAUUGCACUCGUGUGCACUUGGCUCAAUCUAAAUCCUCUCUGUUCUUUUCUGGGUGAUGGACAGAGCUUCAAGGAGGGUGUAAUGCCACCAUCACUCAAAGGGCUGGAACAUCUACCACAGCGUUCCUCACUGCAGGAUUGCUUUGGGUCUGAUGUCCUCCUCCUGGGAGCACAAUUUCCCAUUUGUUGUUCCUCAUUGGCCUCCUUGUCUCGAACAGCUGUAGAAGAGCCUUUGGUUGCAGUAGCUGCUGAAUGACCCCCUAUAGUAGAGUGGAGUGUCUUUCCAAACCUGACCAUGGGAAGAAUGGGAAUUGCUUUGGGAAUGGGGGGGGGCAAGAAAUAGGGUUCACAGAGGGUGCUGGAAUUUCUCCCUUUUGUAACCUGAAUAAACCCCAGCAAUUUCCUUCUCCUGAUAAGUCUGAUGUGUGCUGAAUGCAAACUCUGCCAGUGUAGUAGCAUAGACUGCUGGAGGCUGUACAAGCUGGUUGGAGUCCUUCAUGGGCACAAAAAGGGAUGGUGAAAUGGUAGGGCAGAGGGACAAGGAGCAGAAGGGAGGACAAGCAGGCACACAGCAUGCAUGUGCAUGGACAUAACCCUCCCAGCAAAGCCCUAUGGGAGGGGAUACAAGGAGCAAAUGCUGCA